AUGGCUAAUGAUGAAGACUACCAGUAUAGUUCCAGUGACGAUGACUUUCCAGAACAACAGUAUUAUGAACCGUUAGAGCAUAGAGAUAUCACAAAUAACAUAUUAGAUGACUAUGAAUAUUUAAAUUAUGAUACUGAUUCCCUAGAAAGUUUCAAUUCUGAUGUCGAUAUAGUAGAUGGUAUGGCAGUGUCUCAUGUGACAAAUCCAAACAAGAAGAGAUCUAUUGAAGGAGCAAUGGUAAAUUUGAAAUAUGAAUGUUUUACAACACAAGAUAUAUUUAAUAAUAUGUUAGAAAAAGUAGAUAGAUUACAGCCCAUGUUUUCAAUACCCAGGGAAGAUAUUAUCCUUCUGUUGCAGAAAUAUGGAUGGGAUGAAGAUCGUUUACUUGAAGAUUGGACAAAUAAAAUGGAUGGACUCUUAAUUGAGGCAGGGAUACAUAUUAAUAAUGAACAAAAAGAAUUACCUAAAUCACAGCGUGGAAUAAGUAAUAGAGAUUUCUUCACCUGCCCAAUAUGUUGUGAAGACCAAAUUAAAGAAACUUAUUCCUUGGAGUGUGGACACGAAUAUUGUAUUUCAUGUUAUCGUCACUAUAUUGAGGAUAGAUUAAACAAAGGCAAUAUAAUAACAUGCAUGUCAUGCUCAUUAGCAUUGAAAAAUACAGAUAUUGAUGAAUUGAUGAAUGGACCAUCCAGUGAGAAGUUGAUGCAUUCAUCUAUUAAAAGUUUUGUACAAAAACAUAAUGAAAAUUAUAGAUGGUGCCCUUUUACAGAUUGCAAAUGUAUCGUUCAUAUUCAAGAUACAACUGAAUUUGUUGAAUAUAUCAGAUUACAUUAUUCUCCGUAUGUAUUAUGUAACGAGUCACAUAGAUUCUGCUUUUCGUGUAGUUUCGAAAUGCACUCUCCUGCAGAUUGCGAAAUAACAUCUUCAUGGAUAAAGAAAGCUAAAAAGGAAUCAGAUAAUUUAAAUUGGGUUUUGUCACAUACAAAAGAGUGUCCAAAAUGUUCGGUUAAUAUAGAAAAGAAUGGUGGAUGUAAUCAUAUGAUAUGUUCUAGCUGUAAAUAUGAGUUCUGCUGGAUUUGUAACAGUGAUUGGAAACCUCAUGGUAGCAGUUUUUAUCAAUGUACCAUGUAUAACAAUGACGAAUUAAAAACUCAGACAGUUAUUGAAGAUGUUAGUAAAACAUUGAAGAGAUAUACUUUUUUCUAUAGAAUGUUUAAUGAACAUGAAGUAUCGGCUAAAUUGGAUUGGCAAUUGGGACAGACAGUUGGUAACAAAAUUAAAAGUUUGCAAGAAAAAAUGGGUGUGUCAUGGAUAGAGGGACAAUUUUUAACAGAGAGUUUAAAAAUAUUGAAUGAAGGUCGUACAGCAUUAAAAUGGUCAUUUGCAGUGGUUUUUUACUCGGACUCUUCUCACAAUUUAACAAAAAUAUUUGUGGAUAAUCAGGCAUUAUUAGCAAACUCUGUUGAGGAUUUAUCCGCUUUAUUACAGAUCAAAUCUCCAGAAACAAUAAUGGAAAAGAAAGUUGAAUUUUAUAAUAAAGCAGGAUACGUGGAAAAUAGAACGUAUGCUCUUAUGGAAUGUGGAAGAGAAUUGAUAAGCAAGGGAAUAGUGAAGAUUACUAAUUGA